CUCCUUCUAUCCGGCAGCUCCAUCUCCAACAUUCUUUGACCAAUAUAUCCACUAUUCCUCCUCAACACAUGUCCAAACCAUCUCAACCUGGCCUCUCUGGCUUUAUCUCCAAACUGCUCUACCUUUACUAUCCCUCUGAUCUGAAAGAUCUACAGUAUGUUAAUGUACACAUUUAUAGUGGACCCAUAAGACAGGUGGGCCUUAUGACAUGUCCAGACAGUGGAGAUACAAGACAGGGGUUGCUAAAAGGGAUGGUGGGUGUAUAUUUAUAUUUGUACUAAUUAGAAACAAUUUUGUAGAAUGCAAAAUAAUAUCUAAUCAAGCUUUGCUGGCGCACAGCACAUUUAAGUGAAGCAAAAAUAAUUUUCCAAUUCAAACCAAAGCACUGACAUUUCUCCUGAAAUACCAAAGAAAGUAGUAUAUCUGCCAAUACCAAUCUUUUUGUGCAGCCCAUGUCUUCGCUUCAUCGAUUGUGGUUGGAGGAAUGAAUGCCAAUCUGUAGGAAAGGAAAAGACCUGGGAUACUGGAGUCUUGGACAGCAUCGACUUGGAUCUGCCUUGUAGAUGAUGGAGCGAUGGAGUCAUACAGGAAUCUCAUGAGUGACAGCCAUAGUUGCGGUUGGGAGUUUCAGAUGUGGUCUUAUUCUUUUUUAACCAAACUUGAGUAACUGCUUCUGAACUCUGAACUGAAUGAAUGACCAAAAAGUGAAUUAAUAAACAAUUACAGUUCAUACAGUUCAGUGACGUUUUUGUGACUUGAAUGUGCAGCAGUGAACUCAUCUGUCUAACUUCUGUCAUUUAAAAACCAGGGGAAGUGUUGGGGGGUGAUACUCCCUUUAUAUACUCUGUUUACGUACGAACAGAACAAACAAUGUAACCGUCACUGCUUACAUUCUUCCAUGUGUGCUUUAUGUUUGCAUAGAUGUUAAACAGUACAUCCACUAGAGGGCAUUCCAGAGUAAAACGUUUCUGACAACAAUAAACAUGGCGACAGUGCAGGAGGUCGUAAUAAUGUACCAACUACAAAAGAGAUAAAAGAGGCACCAGGGUAGACAGUGGUGGUCUGUGAGGCCAUUAAACAUGUGUUUGUGUGACAUGUGGAUGAAAAAUUCUUUUCACUUGUAUUACCAAUGAUACAUCAUGUCUUGCAAUAUUGGCUAUACUGGCCCCCCCAUGGCUUCUGGUGAUACUGCUCCAUUUCGUCUGAUAUUAAUGCAGAGUACAGAAGUCUCUGUCCGUAUCUGUGUCCAUAUUUAAAGUUAAGCAUAAUUGAUUCCUAACACUGAAGAAUAAAAGAGGGAAAUGUGUAGCAGGGUGUAGCCAUGGGUAGGCCUUUCCAUGAUCACAGGCCUACUCAAUCAAAUGGGGGAUGAACACUUACUAAGCCAAAUUUUUACAAUAAUGCCAUUUGAUUUAUUGUUUGAGUGUGCUGUCAUUCUGUUAUUGCUAACCGAAUGAUAAUGCUCUCCAUCAUAAUGGCCCCCACUUUUUGAUGUCAUAUGAUUCCCUAAGUGUAACUAAAGACCAGCAGUGAAGUUGCUGAACUUUACCUUCCUCUGCUGUCACUGCAGUAUACAGAGCCCUGAUAGUAGCCUGUUAAUGAAUGAAUGCUCUUUUUUGUUUGAGGGUUGUUCCAUUUUGUUGGGAAGAUGUCAACCACUACCCCUUGUAACUCGGUUCCAAGGGGCAAGGUGACACUCAAAAACAGGGGAUAUGGGUAAAAAUUAGAAAUGAGAUUGGGCCUUAGACUCUCAGUCACUGGCCUAGACCCGACCACAACUCCCAGAUGUGUUGGAUUUCAAGAACUCCCCAUCACUAGGUCUAUGUUACACUGUGCUCUCAUUUAUGUAUGCGUAAUCUUGCUAUAGUUUUGUCUCAAUUGGAAAAGAAUACGCUUAUAGUGAUGACACUCAACACAGAAAGUACCUUGGUCACCCGGCCAGGGAAUUGAACCCGUUUCCCACCAGCGCACCUUAGUCUUAGAUGCAGAUAAAGGAGCUGAGCAGUAUGAAGACAGAUAUGUUAGCUAACAUUAUAUCUAUGUUGUAACUUCAGAUUUAAGUUGCCAACUCUGAAUAUGACCUAAUAUGAAUAGCCUGGUUAAACAAAGGUCAAGUAAAACAGGUCUUACUGACUUGCAGCUCCAGUUGGUCAGGCACAGAUGAGAAUGACUGCCCUAGCUGUGCCAUAUGAGCAAGUAUGAUAUGAUAAGGUAAUCUAACUCAGCUAAAGGACUGUUUGGAUGGGAUUAGUUUUACUCAGAGAGGAGGGAAUAUGUGAGUUUACCCCAGGACUUGUGUAAUGUUUGACUAUUUCACAUCAGAUCUUUGCAUGAAUGAUAGGGGUGGGAGUAGCUACUGGAUUUACACUUGCUGUCACAGUAAAACAGUACCUAUACAUUGGUUUGAAAAGAGGUAAUCAGUAAAGUCCAGGGAUUAAAGGUUUUGUAAUUGAAACCACCCUUAUUGAAGUUAAUAUUUGACUUUUUUUGUGAUUCUUGUUUUUUGCUUAAAGAUAUGCUGAGUUGGUGUUCCUGAAGGCUUUGACCUUGAGGCUGAUUAGGUAAAGUCAGGGUGAACACAUGUUUUCUGUGACAUAACUGGUGUAGGGUGUGGACCUUGAGCCUCCUGAGGCCAGGAGUGGGACAUAUAUAAACCUUUUGUCUUUGUGAAUAAAGCUGGGUAUGGUAAACUGUAUUUCCCCUGUCCAUGUUUCACUGAUUCCUGAAGCUUUGUUCUGUAGAAGUCUCCAGACCUGAGGCAGCAAAAGAAUAGGAGAAGAGUUUGAAAAGCUAUUCAACUUACACUCAGUCACGUGUGGUAGGAGCACUGAGUAGUUAGUAAGUGAAGGAGGUGAAAAGACUGACUGCAGAUGGAUAAAUCUCAAGAAAAAAUAUGCCAUGAACUAGAUGCAAGCCCAGAGAAAGGCCCACAUGAGGAUGGAAGAGGCUCUAAGUGUAAGACGGAGGAGGAAUUCCUGAGUUACAAAGAGGUCAUAAACAGGGCAGCCGGAAUCGCCUGGCGUUUUCCUUUGAUUGAAAUGCAGGGUGUACCCCUGAGGAACUACAUCGUCCAGAAGUGGAGCAACAUCUCGGCUUUCUGCCCAGAUCCCUCUGAUAUGCUUAUUGCCACCUACCCCAAAGCAGGCACCACAUGGACCCAGGAGAUAGUUGAUUUGCUGCUGCACAAUGGAGAUGAGGAGGCUUGCAAGAGAGCUUCUACUUCUGAUCGCUUCCCGUUCUUGGAGAUCCAAUAUCCCCCUCCUAUUCCAUCAGGGCUUGAUCUACUCAAGAACAUGAAACCACCCAGGGUCAUCAAGACACACCUGCCCAUCCAGCUAGUGCCCAAAGGAUUCUGGGAAAAUAAAUGCAAGGUCAUUUAUGUGGCUCGAAAUGCUAAGGACAACCUGGUCAGCUACUACCACUUUGACCGUAUGAAUCAAGCUCAGCCGCAACCAGGUCCCUGGGAAGAAUACAUUCAGAAGUUCAUGAGGGGAAAAGUGGCAUGGGGCUCUUGGUAUGACCAUGUGAAAGAUUACUGGAAGGAAAGAGAGAAGAGGAAUAUCCUUUACCUUUUCUUUGAGGACCUGAAAAAGGACCCUCGUCGUGAGGUAGAGCGGAUCAUGCGCUACAUGGACUUGUCGGUAACUGAUGAUGUCAUCGACAAGAUUGUGCAGCUGACGUCCUUCAAAAACAUGAGAGACAAUCCGAUGGCCAACUACACGUUCAUCCCAAAGAUAAUGUUUGACCACUCCAUCUCUCCGUUCAUGAGAAGAGGGGAGGUUGGAGACUGGACCAACCAUUUCACUCCAGCUCAAUCCCAAAUGUUUGACGAGGACUACGCCAGACAAAUGGCAGAUGUGGACAUUCCCUUUUGCACCAGCAUAUAAGCAUUUACCCCAUCAAGAACCUGUCAAAGCAGCAAUUCAGCAAGCAUGGGAGCAUUUCUGGAACUGUGGUCCUAGUGACCACGGACAUACCGAGGAUACAAACAAGUUAUAUCCAUAUCACAAUCUGUUUUCAGAUAAGGGCCUUCCUUUUUGCACCAGAAUAUAAGAAUUUACUCUUUCGAGAACCUAUCAAAAUACCUCGACAAGCACCAGAGCAAUUCUGGGAAUGUGAUACUAGUGAGCAUGGCCACGCCAAGGAAGGAAGGAAAAUAAGAAAGAGGUUUCUUAGUCAUUAAUAUUACACAGCGGCUCUGUUAACUGGGCUCAGUUAUGCCCAUUUCACAUCAGAUGCAACAUGGUGUGCGUGUUAAUCCGGAACCACUCUAUGUCGCCUGUUUUUUCACACCGGAUGCAGCACACAAGCAUUGCGAAGCAAGAGUGGCUGCUGUUUGUGUUGCAUUUUCACGUAAUAGAAACAUCUAUAUCAUCCAUUUAGUACUUUAUGUUUUAUAAACUUUAGAUGACAAAGAGAUCAACAAUAAAAUCUUGAAUAGCUGCCAUGACAGUUGCUCACCAAAUAAUGUAGCUCUGUAUGAAGAGGAGGAGACGCCUGUGUGUUUGCAACAUUAA